CAGGAUCUGCACACUGCUAAGGAGCAGCCAGGCAGCUGGAUCCCCUCCCGGCCGGGGCUAUGAAGGCGCAAGUCGGGCUCUUCUCUCUGCUUCUCGGGGGCAUCUCUCCACUUCUCUGCGUCCCUCUGUUUGGCUGCAAGCCGUUCUCUGACGCAGGCUAGGGAUGAACCAGGCUUCAUUCCGUGCAGGUGCCCAGCUGGAGGUGAGGUGGACUCCCCGGUGGCGGCUCAGCUGGGAUCCCAGGCUCUCCUCCCAUGCACCUUCACUGUGGCGGACGCCCCCAUCAGCCCAGAGUACCUGGCUGUGCACUGGUAUUUCCAGGGCCAGGAGCUGGUGUCGUACGAUGACUCCCUUUUCAUCUCCCGGCUAGGGGCCUCCAUGGACACAGAGCAGCUCGCCAAUGGCAACGCCUCUCUGGUUCUGCGCAAUGUGACCGUGUCGGACCAGGGAACCUACCAGUGCCUGAUCAUCCACAGCACGGACAGAGGGGAGCAGAGCCUGCACCUGGCUGUGCUGGCCGAGCCCACCGUUGCUGUCCCCACUAAAGCGGUGCUGAGGGGGGAGCAGAACUUGCUGAAAUGCUCCAUGUCCGGCUUCUACCCGGUCAACAUCAUGGUGACCUGGCUGAGGGCUGGGGAGGUCCUGCCGGCGUCCCUGCUCCCUGCACCCCAGAGGAACCCGGAUGGCACCUUCAACGUCAGCAGCUCUCUGACCUUCCAGCCCACGGAGCAGGAUCAGGGUGUCACCUUCUCCUGCCAGGUCCAGCACGAAGCUCUGCCGCAUGGCACUCUGCAGACAGACUUACUGCUCGUGUUCGGAGUCUCCCCCGUGGUGAACAUUCACGCCCCCACGUUUGUGCAAGGCAAGGCCCAGGUGUUAACAUGCGAUGUGCAGGGCUUUUACCCAGAAGCCAUCGCUGUUAACUGGCUCCUCAAUGGCGUCCGGACAGAAGCCCCCCGCGUGAACCCCAAUGGCACCUUCAACCUGGAGUCUUUCUACCAGUUCAAGCCUGCGGCGGGGUUGGAGGGGGCUGAGAUCAGCUGCGAGGUGCAGCAUGAGACGCUGAGCCGGCCCAUCAUCCGGAGUGUGCGAGUGGACCUGGAGAGUGAGGGGACUCAGGUCAGUAUCAUAGUCCUGGUGGUGUCAGUGCUGCUCUCAGUGCUGGCGGUGGCUGGAAUUGCGUUCCUCCUGUACAAGAGAAGCAGAGGUAAGGGAUGGCUCGGCCGGGUGCAGCUGCACGAGGCUUUCUCCUGCACCUCCCCACACACCUGUUCUGGGGGGGCUCCCGGCAGGGCAGGUCUGAGUUUACAGACUCGUGUGUGGUGCCAGCUAUUGCCCAGUAGUUCAGUGCAUCGCUGGGAGCUGGCGCCGGGUCUAGUUUUUAACCUUCACUUGCACAAAGAAACAAUUUCCAUUGAUUUUAGAGUAGCAGCCGUGUUAGUCUGUAUCAGUAAAAAGAUUUUCAUUGGGCCAUUAAAAAACCCCGUCAGUGUCCCUGGGACAGGGUCCCUGCUGCAUUUCAAGUGUCUAACACCAACCCAACAGACACUAGAAGGGUUCAUCCCCCACUCCAGUACAGUUGGUGACAAAGCUGUCCCUUCCCCACCCCCAUUCCUCCCUUCUCUAAAAAUGAAGCUGAACUGUUUUUUGCUCUUUCCAAACAACGGUAUUCUGGGAAGCCGGCCAGGUAUCAGCCCAGAUGGGCGCUGGCUGACAGUCCUAGUGCCUGAACGUGGCCCUUUAGAACAGAGACGCGUGGGCAGCGUUCACUGUACGUACGGGCACCUAUGACUGGGCUUUCAAAAGAGCCGUAAAUGUCUGCAAGGCCUCACCGCCCUGCUCUGCCUUGACUUCCAGCCACGCAAGGAGUCCCAGAGAGGCCCGCUACAGGCUAGCACAGUUCCCAUCGUGUUGGCUCAGUGCCUGGAGGCUGCACUGUGACUGGCCCUCAGUUAGAGUGACCAGUUUGUCCCGAUUUUAUAGGGACAGUCCCAAUAUUUGGGGUUUUUCUUAUAUAGACUCCUAUUACCCCCCACCCCCCUCUUCCGAUUUUCACACUUACUGUCUGCUCACCCUACCCUCAGUAAAUCCACCAGGGGUCGGAUUUCAGAGUCCUGAGCCAAUUGGUACAUUUCUCUUGGUCUGCCUUUCUCUGUGUCCGGGCCUGUGCAUCGAGGCAGAGGUGUGAGACUGGCCGUGCUAGCUCUGGUUGAGGGAGCAGGCUAAAAUUAGCCAUGCAGCCGCGGCAGAGUGAGAGGGGCUGGCCGCCUGGAUACGUACCCGUCUUGGAUGCUAGGCACGGAUGAGGGCAGCUUGCCCCUUGUGCCCCCAUGGUUAGCGUGAUCCGUGUGCGUGCAGGCCUGUCUCUGUGAGCUGGGCCUUGCACCCCAGCCCCAGUGUAGACGCACCGUGGGGUGACAUCAGCAGCGGUAAAAUGGAGAUUCUUUCUCCCGCGUGGUCCCCACAACCCUCCCAAAAGCACCUGCUCAAACCAGAGAUCACCACCUGCCCCAUCCCCACAAGGGCCCUCUCCAUCGCUGUCCAGUGGGCACGGAGGCCAGGUGGGAAAAGUGCCAAAAUGAAGAGCUAAUGUCCAUCACUGGGGGUGACCCAGCUGGGAGCGACGGGGAGGAGCAGCCGCUUGUUCCUGUCAGCGGUCUGUACAAAGUCCAGACCAGACACUGCCCUUGGCCCAAAGGCUUCCGCCACUCUGGCCACGACGCUCAUGUUUCACGUCAGGAGCCUGAAGGACCUGGGAGCCCGGUACCGGUGCUGCUUCAUCAGUAUGGACGGGAAAACGCUGAGCACCAAGGAGUUUGGUGACUGCACCCUGCGCCCCUCCAGUCAGACUCAAAGACCCACAGAGCCAGCUCUGGACCCGGCAGCAGCCUGGCCUGCAGAGGAGUAGCGGAGACAGCAGCCCAGCCUGUUGGGGGUCCCAGAGACAGCACGAAGCACCUGGACAGCAUUGAACGGAACACCCCGAACCCAGGAUUUCCCACUGUUGGUGUCACACAGCACGGGGGGGGGGUGCAGUCUCCUCGGGGACGGGAUAUAGGGACAGUCGCCCUCCCAUGUGUGCAGGGAGGGAGGUAUUCACAUCAGCACCGGGGAGAUAGGGAGGCUGUUUGCAGAGACUUGGGUGGGCUGCCCUGUAGGAGGCUCUUUCCUCUUUGGCUCUGUCUUGUUCGAAAUGAUCACACACUGGCCAAGGGGGGCAAAUGGGGGAAGGCGAAAAGUUGAGAAAGAACAAUCCAA